AUGUCUCGAUAUGCAGGGCCUGGGCCGUCAGCCCCGCGCAGAGGACCACGAUGGUCCCAUCUUCAUCACCCUAGCAUCGUGAGCUUCGAUCGGGUCUCAGCAGAGUCGCCGAGCUCACCCGGUAGCACAUCAACCCAUUCUACAAUACGGGAAGACAAGAGACGCAAGACCGAACGCUACUGCACCAUUUCAGUCAAUGAUGGGUACUCCAAAGAUGAGGUCCUGAUCAACAUGGACCACUUUGGUGGGGAUAUCCAACCAGGAACGCUUAUGGCUCUCAUUCCGCUCAAGGGUGACUCCAAGAAUGCUGCCAGUGGUUAUGGAAGCAUUAACAAGCAAACUCAUGAGCAUCUGGAUAAUUCCAGGGCCGUAUCCGGCACUUUCAACGAGCAUGAUCAUGGCGCUGGGCACACAUACAUCUUCGUCGCCAAGGACAUGUCUAAAGAAAUGAAGGCUCGGCACCACGACGCUGAGGUACAUGUAGCAAAGCAUAUUGCUGAUGCUUUUCAUAUGAAAAGGGGCUCCCAAGCCUUGCUACGGCCGGUCGAUAAGGAACACCCUGCCGUCGAGGCAACACAUGUUGAAAUGUCGUUCAAGGAUCAGUAUCUGUCAAGGGCCGAUAUGUGGAGAUUGGCUUCUGGAGAACUGACACAGCGUACGGUGUACAAAGGUCAAUCCAUAUUCUUCAUGGGCACUAUCAAAGCCCAGGUCACUGCCGUCUACGUCAAUGGCAACACUGUCCACUCCGCCUUCUUCGCCAAAGAUACCAGACCCAUCUUCCGGAGCGAAUCCGCAAAAUAUGUCCUCUUCAUUCAAAUGGCAAGGGAGAUGUGGGACUUUGACUCUGAAGCCUCUGGCGAAAUCAUGUUUAACAAGGUUGUCAACGGAUUUUUGCCAGCCCUCUUCAAACGUUGGGCUGUCCUCAAGGUGAAGCAUCUUGUUAGCAUAGUGCUCUUCGCACGAGUAGAAUAUGACACUGGCAUAAGCGCGGAUCUAGCAAGCAGCUCCUUGCUGAAUGAUUAUUACACUGGCAUACAGCCACACGGAAACCGACGGCCUUACAAAGACUUCUAUCGCGUGGUCGUAAGUGAGAUGGCCAGUGGGGAGUGGACGACAAUUCUUUACCAGCUGAAAAGAGAAUUCAACUACUUCCGGCGAGAUAUUACCUUACAUCACCAAAAGGUCAACGAUUUUGGGCGCAGAUCCUCGGACGACGAUGCCGGAAAAGACGGAUCACCUAACCCGGCAAAAGCAGAGUCAUCAUUGGCAAUUCAUGGAAAUGUGCUAGAAGCCAUCAACAUGGCAGCCUCACAGUUUUCGCAUGAUUACAUUGAUCGAGAUCUUACCAGAACGGGAAUUUCGAUCGCAGUCAUCACUCCCGGACCCGGUGUCUUUGAAGUUGAUUACGAAACACUGCGAAGAACCACUGAGUCUCUGGUUGGUAAUGGCAUAGGUAUUGAUUUGAUUUGCAUGGCAAGCAUGCCCUUGCACUCUGCACCGCUCUUUAAGUAUCGCAACCCACAGUUCUCUGAGGAUGGGCGUCACAGUCAUGGACACUCCCUGUCUAGAUCAUUUCAUAGUCGCGACAGUACUCCGAAUCACCCUACUCCUGUCAUUGGCAGCUAUCAAUCUCUUACUGGCUCAUUUUCUCCUACAAAAGCCUACAACCUGGCUGGACGAAUGGAAACACUUGCACUUAUGGGAGCCAGUGAAGAGUACUGUUAUGCCCUCCCGCAGUGGCUGCACGUCUCAUUCUGGACUGGCGCGACGGAAGAGUCAUUAUCCUAUGCAGGCAUUGCAUUAACAGUAUCCAACAAGGUUGAGCAAGAAGACGAAGGCUGGUUUAAAGUACGUUGCCGAAUGUAUGACCUGCAGAUGCGAAGUGUGCUGGACGCAAAUGAGAUUGAAGCUGCCCCUUUGCAAUCCGACUCGAAUUAUCCCACUCAUAUAAUCGAGGCCAGCGCCAUUGCCAAAAAGCGAAUAGACCGACUAGGAGAUACGGUUUACAUUCCCAACAAGCACGCCCCUGACGCACUCUUCGAUCAUGUCUAUGGCUUUCAAAAAUUCGCUCCGGAUAAACUUACACGAUCGGGAGAAAAGUCAUUCUGGAAGCAACUGCAGGGAUAUGAUGACGCCAAAGCGAGACUCCCUCGGGCUCGUAACUACCACCAACACCAGCUGUCCAAAAACAAGACGGAAUUCGAGGAUGCUAGUCGGAAGCAACCAGCCGACGAUACUUCCGCACUGGGGACGUCUCUUCCGGAGCGAAGGGCUUCGACUUACUUGCAGGCUUCUAACAUGCCAGCAUCUAGAAAGUUUUCUCUGACAACAACAGAGGUGGAAAAGCCAGUCCUGUCUACUCCUAAACCUACUCCCGAGCCGCUUCCCGUUCCCACAGCCAAGAAAGCCCCAUCCAUCAAACAGCCCAAAUUCAUGAGGCAGAUUAGCCUUGGGCAACGUGGAUUCGGCAUUGCUGCACCAAAGGUGGCCGCUGCUGAAUUGAAAAUAGAGACUGUUGGGGCUGCUGCUGUUUCCUCAAAUCUGCGUCCACCAUCCAACCCGCAUUCAUUGUCAGAUCUCCGGCCGUCGACUCCACAAACAAUCACCAGUCGUUCAUCUUCUACCUCCGCCCAAAGACAGAAGUCUGAGACGGCAGACGGCACGAUAGACGGAGUACCCUCAACGCCUAGCAUCCCAAUCUCCAGAGAUGGCUUCAACAGACCUGGGACUGCAGCCAGUCAAGCUACUUCUCCAUCUAUCAUACCAAUUACCCACGGUACACGUCGCGAGAAACGCCCGGAAGACAGUGACGUCCGUUUUUCCAACGCACUGCGGGCAGAAGAUGCCCAGAAGGUAUACACCAGUAAACUCCGAGCUGGUGUCGUCCCCGAGCUGCCUUCGACUCUCUCACCUACGACGGCCAUCACACCUUGGCUCACCUUGCUAAACCCAUCUAAUCCCGAGCGCCACAGGAUUGACGACACCAUUUUGUACAGUCGGUGGCAACACGUGUUUCCACGAACAUCUGAUAUGAAGGUCCAAAAAUGGAAAACGUUGUGCUGUCCGGCAGCAGUCCCUCUGACCACCGAAUACUUCCCAGCAAAGACGCAAUUUGAUGCGGAAUAUCAAAGACAUCCGUACAAUGUUGACCAGAACUUGGAUGAUGAUGUAGCCGAUGAGCCGAAAUCACGUAAAGAGUUUAUGAAGGAGCUCAUUAGCAUGAGAUUUUCUCAGGGGUUUCAGGUCAUUGUCGGGCCGUCGGUCGCACAGGCAUUUGGGCAAAAAGUUAUAAAGGUUGCGGAUGUAUUUUCGCGCGACCAGCCGCUUGAUGAUGGGACGAGCGUCUUCAUGUCUGUUGGUAACACAAUUCAUCAACUAUCUUGUGUUAAUGGCAGCGAAGUUGAGGUCAAUAUUUACCUACGGAAGCCGACCGAUGCUACCGCAGAGUCACAAAACGUUCCGUCGACAUACAGGCCGGCCAUACGAACCAUUUUUGACGUCCAGUAUGAGACUCGCUCAUUUGACAUUCUGACACCGAAACCCGAUCGAAAUUGGAAUACCAUUGACUCUUACCUGGCUGGGCAUUAUGACGAAAUGAUGGACAGCUUGAGAUUUUGGAGAGCGAGAUAUGUGCUUAUCCCCCUGAGUCCAAAGCACCCUUCGAUUCCGCGCUCCCAAACAGGCGAUAACCCAGAAGAGCUGCGUAUUGAAGGUAUCAAGCGAUUGACUCAGUUGUGGCAAAAGCAUCGACAUGUUCCACCGUCUGAUCGGCGAUUCCAGCCAACCGGAAAACACCGUGGCACUUUGGAUAUCACAUACAAGACCGAAGACCCGUCUGUGGUGAUUGCAGCAGAGGUCGAGACACUGCCAAUUUUGGAGAACUUGGAGGGUGUCAACCGCAAGGGCGGGCUCGUGACAAGAAAGGAACGAUUUCAAAAGGCCAGCUUGAAUUUGGCAGCCCUGGCGGAAGCCAUGCAACAGCCAGUAGAGAAUGGCGGAGUACCGCUGAGGAACCGCAGAUGGCAUCUAAGACUUCACAACGCCGCAUUCAUAGGAUCCGACAUGACUACUUGGAUCCUGGAGAAUUUUGAUGAUUUGGAUAGCCGUGAGGAGGCUGAGGAGCUGGGGAACGCCCUCAUGGUACCAAAUGAGCCCAAGCAGAAGGAUAAGGAUAAAGAGAAGGAUAAAGAGAAGGACAAGGAAAAGGAAAAGGAAAAAGAUCGGACAGAGUCAAAGAGCGAGAAAGAACGUGGUUUAUUCGUGCAUGUUGAAAAGCGCCACAACUUCAGAGACGGAAACUACUUUUAUCAGAUUGCGCCAGAAUUCGCAAAGGCACAGCCGGGAUGGUUCAGCAGCAGGCGUCGGGAUGUCUCAUCUCCUGCAGGACCAUUAUCAGACAGCAGCAAUAACGUCGACUCCCCACGCCAUAACAUGAUCCCAAGGCCCUUGCCACUGAACGACGUCAAAUCUCCAGCGUCAUUCGCACCUACACCCGGAUCAAGCCAGAUCCUCAAGAAUCGGCCGAAGGUCGUCCUCAGUAAAAUGAUCAAGUACGACAUCGACCCUCGCAAGAGGUCAUACCGCCCAGAACGAAUAGAUCUACAUUACGACCGUCUCCAUAACCCAGACAACUGCUACCACUUCCGCAUCGGCUGGAUGAACGCCACAUCCAAGCUCGUCGAAGACACCGUGGAAAGCUGGGAGCGGGAAGCUAGUCAAUAUGGCCUCCGUCUCGUCGAACUCCCCAUCAACGAAGCCUGCCGCAUCACCGAAACCAACCCCUUCCGCAAGCCAUACCUCAUCAAGCUCUCCAUCCGACCGCCCCUCGAACGCCCAGCAACAUACUUCGACCCCAACUCGCUUGGCCCACAAGCCGGGCCAAGCAAGAACUUCUACCAAACCGCCAUUCUCAAGAGCUUCGAUUUUGUCCUCGACAUGGAAGCCGCUUCCAACUUCCCCUCGGACGUAGAAGUCCGCUACUCCUGGGGCAAACCAGACUUCACAUACACGCAAUACAUCCACCGUUCCGGCGCACUACUCGCCCAAAUCACCGACGACGGCGACUUCCUCGUUCUCGCCAACAGACUCUACAGCAAACGCACCAGCAUGGCGCGCGACAAGGAACUCCGCAACCAAGUCCACUCAGAGCCACAGCAACCUCCUCCUCUAAACACCACCACCCGCGCCAUGUCCCAAAUUGCGCCCUACGUAUCCGGCCACACAACCAACAACAUGUCCGAGCCAGCGCCCCUGGCCUCGCCCCAAAUCCGCCCUACAUUCCACCACUUCUCACCUGCGUCCCGCCCCGUCGACGCACCCGUCACAGGCACAAAGGUCCCAUACUCAACAGCUCGUUCCGAACCCGAGACUCUCAAGACGGAACUCGAGGACUUUUGUCACAACGAACCUGCCCUCACGGCCUUUUAUAAGGAAAUCCUUGAAAAGGGCCAGCGUCCACACGGUACGCCCGCUUCCACAGCUACAAACCAGUCUGUCGCGGGAUUGGAUCCCGUCCCCGAAGCAAGUAUACCCACUUUGGGCUUGGGACCGGGUGUCUUGGGCGGUGAAGGGCCCGGAGGAGCAGGCAAUGGGCAUUCUGCUGCAAUGGCUAGUAUACGGAUGAGUAGUCCGAUGGCGUUUUUGAGAAGAGGAAGUGUUCAAUAUGAUGGUAUGGGGUUGGGAUCAAAGGGCAAGUAG